UAUGAGUUUUUUUUGGCUCAAGCUCUUCGUUUCAAAUCACACAACAUGAUUAUGCGCUUUGAGCAAACGCGUUCAGGACGUUUCACAAGAACAGCGUUAUAUCGCUAACGCUCGAGUAAUGCGGACAGCUUUUAUAAUUCAUUCAUUUUUGGGGCAUCCGUUCACUUUCAUUGUAGGGUGUAUUUAGCCAUUUACGUACGUGUUCGUUGUUACAGUUUUUAAUAUCGAAAACGCAUCUCGAUUUCGAUUAAAAACAAAAACGCGUCGCGGUUUCCGUGACGUCACUCGCGCGCCAGACCGGAAGGGGGCGCCGCAGCCGCGCGCGAGCGGAAGUGAGGAAGAGACGCGUGUUUUUUUUACUUUCAUUAUGAGGUUUCUGCCUCCGCCCGCCGCUCCGUGAGGCUUUUACCGGGAUGGAGACGGCUCUGAACGGGGACCGCGGCGCUCAGGCGCCCGUGGAGCUCAUCACGGUCCACGACUUCUCGGAGAAGAUCCUGGAGCAGCUCGUUCACUUCCACGUGAUGAAGCUCAGCGGCGGCUUCUUCCUGUGGAUCGGCUCCAACCCGCUUCUGUCCAACCUGGCCCUGGCCCUCAGCAGUAAAUAUGAUGCAAUGCCUCUGUCCACUCUGGUUCUGGGAGACACGUCAGAGACGACGCCGAGCUCUCUCGCACAGAGACUGGGUAAGACCCGCUCGAAGCCACCCGUCCGCUGCGUCGCUCCUUACUGCUCAUGCAUCUUUUCUCUUUUGUUUUCAGCGAAGAAGACGAGGAAACAGGUGUUUGUCAGCUACAACCUUCCCGUGACGGACCCCAAUCUAGCUCUGCUGGUGGAGAACCGGAUCAAAAAGGAGAUGGAGCUUCAUCCUGACAAUUUUUAAACGUUUACCGCUUUACCUGCCGCUUUUCUUGCUUAACGUUUUUGUACAUAGCUCAAUAAAUCAAACGCAAAAAGUG